CUUUACGAAGUUCAAACAAAGCAGAGCAAAAGAAGCCGCAGAAAAAGGAACGGAAAGAAUAAUGGACACCACCAAUUACGCCGAAACAAGAUCCCUAUCCCCGCCGCCGCACGAAACCCUAUUCCAUGAACAUUCAGAGGAGGAAGACGACGCCUGUUACAGCAGCUUUGGGUGGUUGAAGAAUGACGAUAAACAGCGCGAUCCAUGGCGAACGAUGAACGCUAAGAACAAGAAGAAUAAGAAGCAGGUGUUUCUCGAGGGGUAUGUGGAGACGUCGGAUGAGGAUGAGCUCGGGAGGACGAAGAGUUUGACUGACGAUGACUUGGAGGAGCUCAAGGGGUGUUUGGAUCUAGGGUUUGGGUUUAACUAUGAGGAAAUUCCCGAGCUGUGUAAUACCUUGCCUGCCCUCGAGCUUUGUUAUUCCAUGAGCCAGAAGUAUCUUGAUGAUCACCAGAAGUCGCCGGAAUCUAUGUCGGACACAGCCUCCACCGCGUCUGCGUCCACGCCGAUUGCCAAUUGGAAAAUCUCUAGCCCUGGUGAUGAUCCUGAAGAUGUCAAAGCACGGCUUAAAUUCUGGGCACAGACAGUUGCUUGCACUGUUAGACUAUGCAACUAGAGGCCGAGGAGAUCGACAGAUUCAAUCUGAAAAAAAGAAGGAUGGGUAUGGAGCAGAUUGCCCGAAACACUUGUUUUUUAUCUUCAUUCAUGCCCAUCUGUUCAUUCAACUUCACGCUAAAAGGGAGAGGAUCAUUUGUUCGAGGCGCAGAAAACUCCUGAAUAACCAUGGUCAUUGCCAUCCCCAUCGUCGUCAUUACCGGGAGGUAGAUACAGAGUAUUUCGCAUGUGGUUUGAUUGUAAAGUUUUCUGGGAAGAGACCCCAAGAGGAUGGAAAUAUGCUGGUUCUCUUGUAUAUGUCGCUGCAUAGAGCUAUACCAAAAUCUUGAAAUAAAACUCUGUAUUUUUUCUGUACAUUUACAUUUUGGCUAAUUGGCUGAAUGAUGAAUUAAUUUGAUGACCAUUUCUUCUUGAAUGCCUGCCUGUUUUUGUCUCUAUUUUUCACAGCUAAGAAGGUAACAUGCUUAUUAGUUAUUAUUAAGAUUUCAAAAGUUAAUCUGCCUACC